AUGGAUCGUGGUCCCGUGCCGCUGUCCACUUUGGUACACUUGCUAGCGUCGUUGGCCACAACGAGCAUGGUGUACGAUUUGGCGGAGCAGGUGGUCAACGCCGGGAUUGCUCGAGGCGAACAUCACGUGGAAACCUUGGCUGCUUUUGCGCUGGCACAUCAGCUCAUUCUUUGGAUGUGCAGCUUCACAUCGCCACUGGAGUAUGCGGGGAUGAUGCUCGUGGACAGUUGCGAGUCGCGCCGCAAGCUUCUUUAUUAUGUCUCCCUCUUUGGGCUCAGUGCCUGGAUGUUGGCGCUAACGCUGGCCCUCACGCCUUUGGGGCACCUCGUCAUCAACGACCUUCACCGGCGUUCUGAUGACGUCGCCGAUGCCACCCGGUUGGCACUGCUGUGGAUGGGCUUGUAUCCCUUCUUGGACGCCGUCGCCCGCGUGCACCGUGGCAUUCUGGUCAAGCAGACCAAGCGCAGCGACAUCAUUUGGCUCUCAAGCCUUCUUGAUAUCGGGACCCAGACGGCGACUGUCUUUUAUUACAUGCACUUCCCGCCGCAACAACCCAUCUGGCUUCCCGUCGUGGCCUUUGUGGCAGGCGUGAGCGUUCAUGCGACCUGUCUGUUACUGGGCUAUUGGAUGCUCGUCGCUAAUCAUCUCCCGGCUCGUCCGGCCAAGAAUGAGAGCAUGACCCUGACUUCCUUUUUGAAAUUUUCAGGACCUUUAUGCAUCGUGCAGCUGGCACAGCGGUCCAGUCGUCCGCUUAUUAAUCUAAGCGUGAGCCGCUUACCUGGCGGCACCACUAGCUUGGCUGUUCUCGGCAUCGUAUAUCCGGUGGCUCACUUUGGCUACGGGUGGAUCAACAACGCAAGAUCAUUGAUGCCUGCCUUUUGCACAGACCGCGAGGAUCUGCUGCGCCUGGCCCCUGUGGUGCGCCAAAUCUCGCGCUUUGUUGUGGGGUGUGGCGUCAUCUCGCUCGCUUUCCAGUUGGCCCUGCUCUACACACCACUCGUGGACGUGGUGGUGCAGCAGUGGAUCGGCGCCAGCCCCGAGCUGAGCGAGGCCGCUCGUUUACCCUUGCGAAUCUUUGCUUUCAAUACCAUCCCGGUUACGGCGCGUGCCAUUGCGCAUAGCUGGUGUACUGCCAUGAAGGAGACCAAGCUUAUUGCCUUCUCUGCGGCUUACCGUUUUGGUGCCGUGACGAUGGGACUGUUGGUUUACCCCUUUUGUUGGCCUGAUGCCCGCGGUGCCGUCAUUGGAAUUUUGGCGCUGAUCUCUGGCUUUUCCGCCGAAGCUGCUUACGUUUUGCAUCGAUGCUACACGAUUCGCCGCCAGUUCCUCCGUGCAGCCAGCCACCCUCCAGCUAAACUUUAG